AUGGCUGACCGAGUUCACCCUCGCGAUUCGCCUCCCGUCUCCGCCGAAUUACCGUCGGCAUCGCCUCAGGAAUCCUCCCUCGUUCCACAACCUCUGCGGCCACCGCCAUCGGAGAAGCCGGUGCCUCCGCCUGGAACCUACGUCAUCAAGAUCCCCAAGGAUCAAGUCUACCGCGUUCCUCCUGCGGAGAACGCUCGCCGCUACGACCAAUACACUCAACGGAGGCACCGCCGGAGCCGAUGCUGCUGCUGCUGCUGCUGGCUCAUCGGAAUCAUCUUCAUUUUCGUCGUGCUCCUCGGUAUUGCCGCCGGCAUCUUCUAUCUCGUUUUCCGUCCAGAGGCGCCGAAGUACUCCAUCGAAAACAUCGCCGUCAGAGGAAUAAACCUCACGUCGUCGUCCGCGGCGGCGAUCUCGCCUGAGUUCAACGUAACCGUCAAGGCCGAUAACCCUAACGACAAGAUCGGAAUCUAUUACUUGAAGGAUAGCUCGGCCGAAGUGUUUUACAACGACGCGAGGCUCUGUAACGGCGUUCUUCCGGCAUUUUACCAGCCUUCAAAUAACGUGACGGCGUUCGGGACGGUUUUAAAGGGUAACGAAAUCGAGCUGAGGAGCGAGGACCGACGGUCGUUGGUGGAGGCGCAGACCAAACUGAAAGUGCCGUUGACCGUUAGAAUUAGGGUGCCGGUGAAAAUAAAAGUGGGGUCCGUUAAGACGUGGAAGAUUACUGUUAAGGUUGACUGUGACGUGACGGUGAAUGAGUUAACGGCGCAAUCGAAGAUUGUUUCUAAAAGUUGCGACUACAAGGUGGAUCCUUGGCCAUGA